UGGACGGGGUGUGGGAGAAGAAUGGUGACGUAAUACAGAGGCUCCGCCCCCUUCCUUGGAGCGGAGAGACCCGGCUGCUGAAGCUCGGCCAAUCAGAGGGAAGGCUACUGGAUGGCAUGACAGAGAGAAAUAUCGAUGUGAGAAAAACACAUCGAUUGGUUGCCUUUUGCACGCUCCCCAACCAGGGCCUGGGCCAGGGAGGAGCCUGAACCAAGGAAGAGUAGAGUUUGCUGAGAUGGAGGAAAAGAAGCAUUCCAAGCCAGAUGAACAGGGAGAAUAAAGAUGUGGGACCAGGAAAGAGCUCAAGACAGGGAACAAGGGCCAGAAGCAGGCAUCUGUAGGUUGGAGCUAAACAAAGAGGAUGACCCGAAGCCCAAAGGUGAUGGAACGCAGUGGAGAGGUCUGACAAGAUGUACCAGGUUCCACUGUCACUGGACCGGGAUGGGACCCUGGUCCGGCUCCGCUUCACCAUGGUGGCCCUGGUCACAGUCUGCUGUCCACUUGUCGCCUUCCUCUUCUGCAUCCUCUGGUCCCUGCUCUUCCACUUCAAGGAGACUACGGCUACACACUGUGGGCUACCAACUGCUUUGCCGGCUCAACUUCAUCCUCAACAUCAUCGAGAACCUCGCGCUGCUAGUGCUCACCUAUGUCUCCUCUUCCGAGGACUUCACUAUCCACGAAAACGCUUUCAUUGUGUUCAUCGCAGCAUCCCUCAGUCACAUGCUCCUCACCUGUAUUAUCUGGCGGCUGACCAAGAAGCACACAGUAAGUCAGGAGGAUCAGAAGUCCUACAACUGGAAACAGCGGCUCUUCGUCAUCAACUUCGUCUCCUUCUUCACGGCGCUGGCUGUCUACUUUCGGCACAACAUGUAUUGUGAGGCUGGAGUGUACACCAUCUUUGCCAUCCUGGAAUACACUGUUGUCCUAACCAACAUGGCAUUCCACAUGACAGCCUGGUGGGACUUCGGGAACAAGGAGCUUCUCAUUACCUCCCUGCCUGAGGAAAAGCGGUUCUAAACCCUUCUCUCCUGCAGAGGAGGCCCACUGCUCAGAAACUAGAAACGAGAUAACCACUCUGGCCUUCCCUACCUUCUGUGUCCUCUCUGGGCCCUACUGAAGUGGGGGAGGGAAGAAGGAGGAAGGGCACAGGACAUGGCUUUACCCAGCUCUACGGCAUCUCCUUUUCCCCACACCAUGUGAAGGCACAGGACCUUCAAGCAGCAUCACCCUUACUGAGAAGCCCCAAGAAGCUGAGUUGGCAGGAGAGCUCCAUCUGGUGCUAAAAAAAGCCCUGAGAUUCAUAACCACCAUCUGGUUCUUGGCCUUAACAUAGCCACCUCUCAUUGAGGUCAGGGACCACUGAGCAGUGGCUGCCACCUGAAAACCACAGCCAUUGUCUUCCUGUGGUCAUUCACUUGGCUCAUGUCUCUAAUAAUCUUCUCUGCAUACCCUGCCCAGAUGGUCUAGUCCUGACUUCAUCUCUGAUGAUGGGGGUGGGCAGGCUGCAUGAUUUCCAAGGGCUCUGCCAGUCCGUGCUUCUGAUAUCACCUUGUGGAGGUGGUGAUCUGUACCCGAAGGCUGACUGCUCCAGAAAAAGCACUGGCACAGCAUAUAUUUCUCUUCCCUUCUGAAAUCUCUGGCUUACAGACUCAUCCUCCUUGGCAAAAGUGUGGGGUGGAAGGGCCAGAGGCAGAUUCCAACCCCAACUGGUGCCCCUUCCCCAACCUCCCUCCUAUCCCAGGCUCUGAGCUCUUUAGAUUGUACAUUUUAUUUCAAAGGAAAAUAAAUUUUUUUGCCAACA